CGGAUCCGGGCUUGCCGGGGCAUGUGGGAGUUGCGGCCGGCCGGCUAGGGGACACGUGCGGGCCGGAAGAGGCUGCCCGGCUUCAGGGUGCUGCCCUGAGGACAGACCGCCUCCCUGGCGUCCCUUGCCACAGGCUGUGAACUGACUGGCAUGGUCCAGGGGGAAGGCCCUGGGUCUACUCAGUGCCUGUCCAACACCAACCCGAAUACGAAGGAUGUGCUGCGGAGAAGGCACAAGAGGAGGAGCCGACAGCACCAGCGCUUCAUGGCCCGGAAGGCCUUGCUGCAGGAGCAGGGGCUGCUGAGCGUGCCUCCGGAGUCGGGGACCUCCCCGUCGGAGGCACGGCCAGGCUCUGAGGCUGCCAGCAGUGGGAGGCAGCACCCCAGGGCUGGAUCUGCGGGCAGCAGCCUGGGCAGCAGACGGCCGGCCUCCAGGGAAGCCCCAGGGCUCUCACCCAGCAAGUGUGUGGCUGUUGACUGUGAGAUGGUGGGCACAGGGCCCCGAGGGUGUGUGAGUGAGCUAGCCCGCUGCUCUGUGGUGAGUUACCAUGGUGACGUUCUCUAUGACAAGUAUAUCCGGCCUGAGAUGCCCAUCGUUGACUACCGCACUCGCUGGAGCGGCAUCACGCGGCAGCACAUGCGCAAGGCCAUCCCUUUCCAGGUGGCGCAGAAAGAGAUCCUUAAGCUCCUGAAGGGCAAAGUGGUGGUGGGGCACGCGCUGCACAAUGACUUCCAGGCCCUCAAGUAUGUCCAUCCCCGGAGCCAGACCCGUGACACCACGUGCGUCCCGAGCCUGCUGGGCCAGCCUGGCCUCCUCACUCGGGCCCGAGUCUCCCUAAAGGACCUGGCCCUGCAGCUAUUGCACAAGAGGAUCCAGGUGGGCCAGCAUGGGCAUUCAUCAGUAGAAGAUGCCGCCACAGCCAUGGAGCUCUACCGGCUGGUAGAGGACAAGUGGGAGCAGGAGGUGGCCAGCAGCCUGUGGUCGUGUCCAGAGGACAGGGAGCCUGACAGCAGCACGGACAUGGAGCAGUACAUGGAGGACCAGUACUGGCCCGAAGACUUGGCCCCUGCUGCUGUGGCCAGAUCAGGGGAGGUGCAGGAAGGAAGAGAGUGACAGGAGGGAAGAAGCCUGGGUCAGGGGACCCUGGGAGUACAUCCAGGCAGGACAGGGCAGGCAGGAUGUCUGGUGCCCAGGGUCAGGGCAGCAGCACUAUCUGCGCCCUGUGCCUGCAGCGCAGCCCUCCGCCAUUGGCAGUUUGUUUUUCUGACUCCUGUCAUCUUACCAGUGGCACUUUAUAGCCUCUGGAUGGCAGGUGGCAGGAGUCGAAGUCCCAGCUGGCUGUCCCAGGUUUUGCACAGGCAUCAUGCCGUGCUCCUAGUAGGAGGACACCCCUCACCCAGGUGUCAGUGCUGGAGCUUCUUUACCUUGGUUGGGGAACAGGGUGGAGUUCAGUUCUGGUCACUUAACUCUCCCUCCAGGGUCAUAUUUGGGCUCAUAAUAACUGUCCUAAAGUGGAAGAGUUAAGUCCUCAUUUCUCCCCUUUGUGCUACAACUCUGGCCACAGCUGCUGUAGGAACCUGGGGCCCUGCGGGGCCUGUCCCCUCCCUGCUAGGCUACAUGGACUAACAGAGCCUGCACCUCCCAGGGGAGCUGGCCCCUUCCCAAAGUUGGUGUUAGAAGUCCUUGGGGUCAGUGCAGGGGCAGGCCAGGCAGAGCAGCUCUAACUGGGAACUGACACAUUUGUUGUCACCCAAGUCGGGGACCCCCAAGCCCACCCAUUGUGGGGCUCCCCUGUGCUGAAGUGGUUUGAGUUCAGUUGUGACCUGGCCGACUUGUACCUGCCCUCUGAGGAGCAGGGCCGCCACUCAGAAGCAGAGUGUGCUCCCAGGGGUGGCAGCUCCUGAGCCCGCACCUCAUGUGGUGCUGUGCUGCUUUACUCUGAUCUGUGGUUACAGUGAGGUCUGGGUUUUGGAUUAAGUUUUGAAAAUGCUCCAUUUCCUAAGGAGCAGUUUUGGCGUGUCAAAAUGACCAAGAGCUUUGGUCACACAGGCCUCAGAGUGCCAUCUUUUCUGCCACCUGGCAUUGAGACUUAGAGCUGGCUGUGCCAUCCCCAGUCUGUUUCCCUAAGUGUAAGUGGCGAGUGGUGCAGCCUCCUGCAUAGGGUGGGGAAGAGGCUAAUAGCCAGUUGCCCAAACAGUGCCCGGCCCAGGCUUUGUGAACAGGCUGCUGACCUUGUGGUGGGGGACAGGAUGGGGGCUGGGCCAGCUCAGGGACACAGCACAGAAGUUUGGGGUUAUCUGCAGGCGUGGCCCGUGGCUCUGCAAUGCCACUUCUCAUCAGUGUCCUGCUACUGCUCACCCCAGGUUGGAGGGUGUGGGACACCAGCUCCUCCCUGUCAGCUGGGUAGGAGGCCAGCUGAGUCAUGGCCAUAGCUGGCCCAGGACUUCCGACGGGCAGAUGCCAAAGUCAGGGCCAAGCAGUAGCUUGGGUUGUGGAUUGCAGGGGGAUGGCACUGUAACUGUCGCUGUGGGAAAGGUACCGUUGAAUAUCGCUUUGUUAUGAGGU